UUUCCAAAGCACCCAUCCCUAAAACUCACUUCUUCCUUCACUCUAUCUUGUUUUCGACUGCAAAGCUCUUCCUUUCUAUCUUGUUUUGCUUACUUUUUAAUGGCUAGUGAGCUUAAGGCAUUGUGGGCGUUGUCUGUUGUAUUGCUGGUGUCAAACUGGCAACACUGGAUUUAUGGAAAGGCCACGCCUCAAGUUCCUUGCUACUUCGUCUUUGGAGACUCCUUGUUUGACAAUGGAAACAAUAACUACCUCACCACACCUGUUAAGGUUAAUUAUCUGCCUUAUGGAAUAGACUUCCCUUUGGGGGCUACAGGAAGGUGUAGCAAUGGCCUCAACAUAGCCGACACCAUUGCUGAACAAUUAGGUUUCGACAGUUUCAUCACGGACUUCGGCGUCGGAGGUUUCACUAAUUUCCUAGAUGGUGUCAAUUACGGAUCUAGUGGAGCUGGCAUUCUUGAUGAAACAGGAUAUCUUUCGAGAGAUCUGUUUACCAUGAAUAUUCAGUUAUAUAAUCACAAGAUGACUGUUUCACGCAUUGCCAAACAACUGGGAGGCGAUGACGUUGCUAAGAAGUACCUGAGCAAAUGCGUAUAUGUUUCUGAUAUGGGCCAUAACGACUACCUCAACAACUAUUUCUUGGAUACCUACAACAGCAGCAAGAUAUACAAUCCCGAUGAAUAUGCGCGACAUCUCAUUGAGACUUACAAGACUCAACUGGAGGAUCUGUAUUCUACAGGAGCGAGAAAGAUAGCCGUGUUUGGUCUUAUUCGGGUAGGAUGUAUGCCGUCCAACAUACAACAAAAUCCUAAUGACCUAGAUGACAGUUUAUGUGCGUACAAGCUCAACGAUGAUGUUAAGAUUUUCAACAGUCAGCUUCAAACAAUGCUCCAAGAGCUUAAUGAGAAGCAUAAAGAUGCUGUCUUCACCUACAUAAACUCUUACGGUAUUGAUUCUGACGUCACAAAUGCAGGUUUCAAACAAACCCGUGAGAGCUGUUGCCAGGUACUAGAAUCUGGUGCCGUCCCAUGCCAAUCCCUUUCCAUCCCAUGUGCCAACAGGAGUGAGUAUGUGUACUGGGACGGGGCCCAUUUUACUGAAGCUAAAGCUUGGGCCUUCGGAAAAAGAGCAUUUAAACGGCAGUUACCUGAGGAUGCUCACCCAUAUGAUAUCAGUGAGCUAGUUAAGCUAGAGCUUCAUGAUAAUGAUGUUAAGAAUGUCAACCUUGCUCAGCUCUAAUGUAGGAGAUGAAUGUCCAAUAAGCAGUACUAGGCGUGAAUGAAGGACUGUGAUUGCAAGGGUAAUGGAAAAACAUGAGUUUCCAUUAUCUUACAUGAUAAUAAAAGUUGAGUUAAUAAAAAUAUCAGACACAUGACAGACCACUAGGCCGUCAUGUUUCUGUUCAAAGAUUCUC